AUGACGUCGCAUGCGGACAUCCUCUUCCCGUCGCAGCCCUCGCUCUCGGAAUUGCUGUCGACUCUCAAGCGUUCGGCGCUGAGCAUCCACAAUCGGCUGGCGUCGAUCCGUGCCGACGCCGAUUUCGUCGCCCGCGCGGCUUCGAGCCUCUCGGGCGAGGGUGAGCAGGACCAGAAUGAGGCACGGCACAUCACAGAGCCGGCCGAAACCGGCGUCGCGGAGCCCGGGACGAGGAGGACAAGGCGAAGCGGCGGCCGGCCGCUGGUGGCCAACGAGCGCUGCGGCAGCUGGUACGUGCCGCCGGCGCACAAGGCGGCGAGCGCAUACUUCAAGAGCACCGACGGCCACGAGCGCGCCUGGAAGUUUAGCACGCGCCGGCUGAACCUGCACCUCGUCGAGAUGAUCGAGACGCACGACGGUGUCAUCAUUGUCGACUCGACGCGCCGAGGAAAACGCAAGUCCACAGGCUCCCUUUGUCGUCGUCGUCGUCGUCGAGCGCGCACCGCUAACGCCGCAGCAGGCAUGCCGGACGCCUUCGCCGCGACCAUCCCCAUCUGGUGCGCCGUUCUCAACCUCGUCCUCCUGCCCUCUCACCCGCUCUCCGGCCGCCUCUUCCUGCCCCCGCACCUGGCCCCGUCGACGCACGACCAGAUCAAGGCGCUGAUUCCUUCCUUCGUCGCCUCCCUGCGAGCCCUCGACCUCACACUGCCCACAGGGCUCACGAAACCGCUUCGGCCGUUAUGGAUCACCCAGGACUCGGUCCUCCGCUUCGACGGCGAGGCCGACGGCAAGGCGACCGAGCCUGAUGGCCCCCACGACCUUCCGGCGGCCCCCGCUCCCGCUGCGGCCCCCGUCCUGUUCGACGACUACAGGCCCGUCAUCUGCCUCACGGCCAGCCGUCGCGUCCUGGGCGCGACCGAGGUCGACGCCGGCGGUUACAUCCAGGGCGCCGCCGACGACACCGAGAACUGGGCCCACGGUCUCACCGCCGACCUCUUCUGGACGCACGUCGAAACGCUCCUCGCGGCGGCCGAAGCCGACCUGCCCCCACUCAUCGGGCGCCUCGUGUCGGACCAGGCGUCGGCACGGCUGCGCGCGCCUCUGGCGACGCCCCGUCACCGCCUCACCUCGCGCAUCUCCGUCUGCGCCCUCCCCCUGACGGCCGAGGCGACGGCGACCCCGGGCUCGGUCGGGACGAGCACUUGCCACGUCAGCCUCACCGAUGCCCCGACGCCGAGGGACACGUGGCUCAAGGGACCCUCCUCCCUCGAGGUAGGUCUCGGCAGGGGCAAGACGGCCAGUCGCAACCUCCGGCUGGCGCUGCCCGACGUCUGCGCCUUCGUCGCCUCCUUUCUCGCCAAGACACCGGGCACCUCGCUCGAGCCGUCGCAGCUCGUCGUGGCCUGCGAUUCCGGCCGAGACCUGUCGGUGGGCACCUCGCUCGCCAUUGCAUGCUACCUCUUCGACGGCGAGGGCCGGUUCCGCGUGCCGGGCGCAGACGUGUCCUUUAGCAAGUCCCUCGUCAAGGCCCGGCUCGGCAGCAUCAUGACGGCCUUUCCGGAUGGGAACCCAAGCCGGCAAACUCUGCAAAGCGUCAAUAGCUUUCUCAUGGACUGGAAAAGGGAAGGAACGGCAACAUAG